AUGGGUGAAGCGGUGACGCAGUCGUCAUCCUCCGCGUUGGACACGGAGGAAAAGACCGAACCAUUCCCGUCGUCCGAGUAUGCUUCACGCCUGCUCGACAUGCGCGUCCAGGAGAGCUUUGCGGCGUCGGGCAGCGCCGGCAACGUCCACCUGGACGAGCUCGUCGUGCCCUCGGACAAGGACAUCCGGCUGCUGGUUCGCCCAUUGCGCAGCCGCUCCGUCAGCCCCGGCAGCAGCGACAACUGCGAGUGGGUGGCCCUGCGCACCGAGGUAGCCUCGGCUGGCGCCGCGGACCAGCCGCCAGAAACGGUACUGGCCGUCACACAAACAUCCAAGGACAUCAAGUUCACCGUGCUGAGUGAGCGCCACAGCGACGGCACGCCGAUGCCAACCCUCUGGUGCGAGCUGUACUACGACCCUUCGAGCGACAACCAGAUUCUGCUCAACAGAUGCGACGUGCCGAUCAACCUGUCGCGGAUCUACCCCGCCAUCUCCCCGCCCGCGAGCUCCGAUGGCACACCAAGCACACCCGGCACGCCCACAAACGCCAACACUACCACCACCCCUAUGAUGGUGAUGCCGCCCGGGAGCCAGGGCUUCAUUCAGGGCAUCGAGUAUAACAUCAACCCGGGCACGAUCAAGGCCCUGUCACCAGGCACUUGGCGCAUCAAGAUGGGCCAUACUGAGGUUCUGGACUUUCGGAUACUAGAGCGCCGCCGCACACUGUUCAAGGCACUCCCACCACCACCAUUACAGAAUGACACCCCCGCAUCAUCAGGCAAGCGCUCGUUUGUUGCCGAUGAGGACGACGAUGUCGGCCGGCCCGACACACGGCGGCAGAAGACCAUUGAGGGUGCGGACAUGGCGCCUCCCGUUGGCGGUAUCGAUGAGGUUAACAAGGAGGCCGUCAUUAUGUUCCUGCGACCCACGGCUGACCCGCUUGUCUUCCCUCUGCCCACGUCCGCCAAGGGCAACGAGGUCGGGCAGCAGCUCACCGACUCGCACGCUCUGUUGGACAUGGAGCGCCAGGACACAGUUGUGGUCCCCGGCAGCUGCGACAUCGACUCGUACAAACUGACGAAGCGCGACCCGAUCGCGUCGACCUCCCUCUCGACCGUCUUUACGGGCACCAUGGAGCACCCCGAAGUACCGCCCGGCAGUGUCAUCACAGUCAAAGUCAUCAAGACGCGGCCCGCGCCUCUACCGUCCUCGCCGGUCACCAAUACGGCGGCGGCGGCUGCGGCUGCCGCGCUGGCCGCGCAGCAGCUGCGCCCGCAGGAGAUGGAGCGUGUGGUGGUGCGGCAGGCCGAUACGUGGCUGCGCGAGUACCAGUCGCACGAGUACCUGCGGCACGAGAGCAUCGUGCGGCUGUACGGCGGCGACGCGCGGUACCUGUCGCUGUACAUGGAGCACGUCGACGCCAAGGACCUGAGCAAGAAGGGCGCCUGGCGCGCGUCCAACUCGGACUACUUCACGGGCGACCGGCGGGACGCGCUGCGGAUCCUGCGGGACAUUUCCGGGGCGCUGCACUACAUCCAUGGGCGCAACCUCGUGCACAACGACGUCAAGCCCGCCAACAUUUUGUACUCGCCCGAGCGGGGCGCCGUGCUGUGCGACUUUGGGCUCUCCACAGACAUCAACAGCCCACCCUCAGCCGGCGGCACGCCCUACUACGUGCCCCCCGAGUUCAUCGGGCGCAAGCUGCGCGGCCCGCCCAGCGACGUGUGGGCGCUGGGCAUCACGAUGCUGUAUGUGCUGCGCAAGAUUGGGUUCCCCGACACGCGCGGCGGGCGCAACCGGCCGAAGCCUCUGUACUGGCAGAUUGCCGAUGUCAACAAGACGACGGCGCUGUCGACAACAAAUGGCGGCGGCAGCAGCAACGCGACGGGAACGCCGUCGGCGGCGAUGCAGAUGAACAUGUGGCUGUCGGAGAUCCGGGAGGCCAAGGACAAGCUGGACCGCAGCGAGACGAUUGAGCGGCUGACGUACGAGAUGCUGGCGCCGAACCCGAACCAGCGAAUCACGAUGAAGCGGGUGGUGAGCGAGCUGAUGAAGGUGGCGGCGUGA